AAAAAUUUCAAUUCUAGUAAGAAGAGCAUUAAAGACAAAAGUUCUACAAAUAGCACCCGAAUAUCUUGAAGACGAUCCUGUCAUUGUGAAUAAGAUGUCGAAGGUUUCCCGAGGUCUUUACAAGGGUCAGUCCUUGGCGGUUUUCACUAGUGGCGGUGAUGCAUGUGGCAUGAACGGAGCAGUGCGUGCCUGUGUGCGCAUGGCCAUUUAUUUGGGUUGUCAGCCUUACAUGAUACACGAAGGUUAUCAAGGUAUGGUUGAUGGUGGCGAUCUGAUCGUCAAAGCAAGCUGGGCAUCGGUAUCCUCAAUAAUACAUGUUGGCGGUACAAUAAUCGGUUCAGCACGUUGCAUGGAAUUUCAGGAGCGUGAAGGGCGCAAGAAAGCGGCGUUCAAUUUAAUACAAAGAGAGAUCAAUCGCUUGGUUGUAAUCGGCGGUGACGGUUCACUAACUGGUGCAAACAUAUUUCGUCAAGAAUGGAGCAGCCUGCUGGACGAAUUAGCUGCCUCGGGUAAAAUAACACAACAGCAAAGAGAAAACUUCAGUGACUUACAUGUAGUGGGCGUGGUUGGCUCCAUCGAUAACGAUUUUUGUGGCACCGAUAUAACCAUUGGCACGGACACCGCUUUGCAUCGUAUCACUGACGCCAUUGAUUCCAUUGUGAGUACAGCUUACUCACAUCAACGUGUUUUUAUAAUGGAGGUUAUGGGACGAAAUUGUGGCUAUUUAGCAAUAGUCUCUGGCAUAAUAUCAGAAGCAGAUUAUGUGUUUUGUCCUGAGGCACCGCCAUCAGAAGAUUGGCAUGAUCGUCUAUGCGACAAACUAAAGCAGGAACGAGAGGCCGGUCAACGCCUGAAUAUUAUUAUCGUCGCCGAAGGGGCGAACGACAUAAAUGGCAAUCCAAUUACGGCGGAAAUCAUAAAGAAAGUUAUCAUGGACGUAUUAAACUGGGAUAGUCGUAUCACCGUUUUAGGUCAUGUACAGCGAGGUGGUGCACCAAGCGCCUUCGAUCGCAUCGUCGCUUGCCGCAUGGGCGCCGAAGCAACAGUUGCAGUGAUGGAAUCGACCUCAACCACAACGCCAGUUGUAAUUGUCAUGGCUAACAAUCGCAUUGAAAGGGUACCGCUGAUGGGAGCUGUGGAGCAAACAAAAGCGGUGAACCUAGCUAUGAAGGCUAAGGAUUGGGCGAGAGCAGUUACGCUGCGUGGCGAAGCAUUUGAAGCCAAUUUGAAAUCGUUGAAAAUGCUAUCGCUGAUAAGACCACCAAAAUCAACGGAAAAACACCACUCUUACUCGCCUCUAAAUGUCGCUGUUAUGAAUAUCGGUUCGCCGGCAUGUGGCAUCAACGCCGCCACACGCAGUUUCGUACGCGCAAUAAUUUAUAAUGGUGACUCAGUGUACGGCAUCUCAAAGGGCAUAACGGGUCUAUUGGCUGGUGAAGUCAAACAAAUGAGCUGGAGUGAUGUUAUCGGUUGGUGCGGCCAAGGUGGUGCUUUUCUCGGCAUGAAUCGUGUCACUUCCGAAGGUAAAUUUGCAGAAAUCGCAGACCGUUUGCGCGAAUUUAAGAUUCAAUCAUUGGUCGUUAUUGGCGGCUUCGAAGCGUAUCGUACCGUUUUAUCUUUGGCAUUGGAGCGUCGAAAUUAUCGAGAAUUCUGCAUCCCGAUGGCGAUAAUACCAUCCACUAUAUCCAAUAAUAUGCCAGGCACAGAGUACAGUGUAGGCUGUGAUACUAGCUUAAAUGAAAUUACAAAAUGUUGUGAUUUAAUACGCAAUUCGGCGCGUGGCUAUAAGAAACGCGUCUUCAUCAUCGAAACAAUGGGCGGAUACUGUGGAUAUCUAGCCACCAUGGCAGCUAUGGCUGGUGGCGCUGAUUCGGCGUAUAUCUUCGAAGAGAAAUUUCGCGUGUGCGAUAUACAACGCGACUGUGCUAAUAUGGUGGCGAAGAUGAACGAGGGGAUCGAAAGGGGACUCGUGCUGCGUUGUGAAGGUGCCAAUAAAAAUUAUACAGCAAAUUUCAUGGAACGACUUUACGAAGAGGAGGCAAAUGGAUUGUUUACGUGUCGUGGAAAUAUACUCGGUCAUAUGCAGCAAGGUGGCUACCCUACACCAUUCGACCGCUGUCUAGCCACGAAAAUGGGUAUCUCUUGUGCUGAAUUUUUACGGGAGCAAAUGAAAGCAAGUCUUCAACCGGAUGGAACGAUAAUGACCACAUCUAAGCAAUCAGCAUGCAUGCUAGGCGUAAUGGGACGAGAUUACAAAUUUACGCCAGUGGAAGAUUUGUCUAAUGAGACGGAAUUUAAGCAUCGCAUCCCAAAGGUCCAGUGGUGGAUGCAAUUACGCCCAUUACUAAGAAUUCUUUCAACACACAAUUCGGCUUACGAAUCUGAGAGUUUUCCAAUCGCAGCAUCUUCACUUCAACAACCAGUUGACAUAAACUGUACCGUUAAUUAAAAUAAACUACUCUCGGAAGUGCCACGCAAAAAUGUAUUCAGUUACAUAUAUUACGCAUAUUUUUUACACACAUAUUUCAUAUUAAAUAUAAUAUUUAUUAGAAAAAUAAUAAUUUCUGUA